GGGCGAGGCCGGGGCUGCGUGCCGGGGAUCCGGGGGACACCCGGUGAGGGCGGGAGCCAGGGGAGGGAACUCACGGGGCGCACUCGGGACGCUCAAGCCGGGAGAGGCGGACCUCUAGGACCGGCACUGCUGCUGCGCACGCGUGGUUCGCCACCACCCCUGAGUUCCAGGGUGCCGGUGGGCAUGAUUGACAGUUACCGGCCCCCGGAGUCCUGCGCAAGCCGGCCGCCAUGGCCACGUUCAGGCAGGAGGACGUGGAGGAGCAUUAUGAGAUGGGGGAGGAGCUGGGCAGCGGCCAGUUCGCCAUCGUGCGCAAGUGCCAGGAGAAGGGCACGGGCAUGGAGUACGCGGCCAAGUUCAUUAAGAAGCGGCGCCUGCCGUCCAGCCGGCGCGGGGUGAGCCGGGAGGAGAUCGAGCGCGAGGUGAGCAUCCUGCGCGAGAUCCGCCACCCCAACAUCAUCACGCUGCACGACGUGUUCGAGAACAAGACGGACGUGGUGCUGAUCCUGGAGCUGGUGUCCGGCGGGGAGCUCUUCGACUUCUUGGCCGAGAAGGAGUCGCUGACGGAGGACGAGGCCACGCAGUUCCUCAAGCAGAUCCUCGACGGCGUCCACUACCUGCACUCCAAGCGCAUCGCGCACUUCGACCUGAAGCCGGAGAACAUCAUGCUGCUGGACAAGCACGCAGCUAGCCCGCGCAUCAAGCUGAUCGAUUUUGGCAUCGCGCACAGGAUCGAGGCGGGCAGCGAGUUCAAGAACAUCUUCGGCACGCCCGAGUUCGUUGCCCCCGAGAUCGUCAACUACGAGCCGCUGGGCUUGGAGGCUGACAUGUGGAGCAUCGGUGUCAUCACCUACAUCCUCCUUAGUGGGGCGUCCCCGUUCCUGGGGGAGACCAAGCAGGAGACGCUGACCAACAUCUCGGCCGUCAACUAUGACUUCGAUGAGGAGUACUUCAGUAGCACCAGCGAGCUGGCCAAGGACUUCAUCCGCAGGCUGCUGGUCAAAGACCCCAAGAGGAGGAUGACUAUCGCGCAGAGCCUGGAGCACUCCUGGAUCAAGGUGCGCAGGCGCGAGGAGGGCGCCCGGAAGCCGGAGCGGCGGCGGCUGCGCGCGGCGCGCCUGCGCGAGUACAGCCUCAAGUCGCACUCGAGCAUGCCGCGCAACACGAGCUACGCCAGCUUCGAGCGCUUCUCGCGCGUGCUGGAGGACGUGGCGGCGGCGGAGCAGGGCUUGCGGGAGCUGCAGCGGGGCCGGCGCCAGUGCCGGGAGCGCGUGUGCGCGCUGCGCGCGGUCGCCGAGCAGCGGGAGGCGCGCUGCCGCGACGGGAGCGCGGGGCUGGGCCGCGACCUGCGGCGCCUCCGCACGGAGCUGGGGCGCACGGAGGCUCUGCGCACGCGGGCGCAGGAGGAGGCGCGCGCGGCGCUGCUGGGCGCCGGCGGCCUGAAGCGCCGCCUGGGCCGCCUGGAAAACCGCUACGACGCGCUGGCGGCGCAGGUGGCCGCCGAGGUGCAGUUCGUGCGCGACCUAGUGCGCGCGCUGGAGCAGGAGCGGCUGCAGGCCGAGUGCGGCGUGCGCUAGGCCGCGGCCCGGGGGCCCCGGCGGCCGCCCCGCACCCCCACCCCGGCCUCGCGAGUCCCAGAAUAAAGCUGCUUUUCACGCA